AUGGUGGUGGGUGGGUGGGGCACCCCCGUCCAUGGGACGUCGGUGGGUGGGGCACCCCUGUCCAGUGGCACGGUGGUGGGUGGGGCACCCCCCGUCCAGUGGCACGGUGGUGGUGGGUGGGGCAGCCCCUUCCAGUGGCACGGUGGUGGGUGGGGCACCCCCGUCCAGUGGCACAGGGUUGGGUGGGGAACCCCUAUCCAGUGGUACGGGGAUGGAUGGGGCACCCCUGUCCAGUGGUAUGGGGAUGGGUGGGGCACCCCCGUCCAGUGGUACGGUGAUGGGUGGGGCAUCCCCGUCCAGUGGUACGGGGAUGGGUGGGGCACCCACGUCCAGUGGUACGGGGAUGGAUGGGGCUACCCGGUCCAGUGGUACGGGGAUGGGUGGGGCACCCCCGUCCAGUGGUACGGGGAUGGAUGGGGCUACCCGGUCCAGUGGUACGGGGAUGGGUGGGGCACCCCCGUCCAGUGGUACGGGGAUGGAUGGGGCUACCCGGUCCAGUGGUACGGGGAUGGGUGGGGCACCCCCGUCCAGUGGUACGGGGAUGGAUGGGGCUACCCGGUCCAGUGGUACGGGGAUGGGUGGGGCACCCCCGUCCAGUGGUACGGGGAUGGAUGGGGCUACCCGGUCCAGUGGUACGGGGAUGGGUGGGGCACCCCCGUCCAGUGGUACGGGGAUGGAUGGGGCUACCCGGUCCAGUGGUACGGGGAUGGGUGGGGCACCCCCGUCCAGUGGUACGGGGAUGGAUGGGGCUACCCGGUCCAGUGGUACGGGGAUGGGUGGGGCACCCCCGUCCAGUGGUACGGGGAUUGA